AUGUCUAAUUCAAUGGACCCCAAUUCUACCCAGAGAAAUUUUAAUUUGAGUUAGUCGAUUGUUCUUAAUCAAAGAAACAUUGUAAGCACAAGUAAUGAUGGAGAUCUGAUUUUCACUGUUAACUCUAUAAAUGAUAAUAAUAUGAUGUCAUUUGAUAUUCAUGGGAAAUCCACCUUAGACAAGAGAUAAGCCUACUUGAACAAUAUCUAGUAGAACUUUGAUGAAAAGAAAAAGCAAACUCGCUUUAAUAACUUUAUGGAUGAGUUGAAUUACAAUUCUUAGGUUGACCAGAACGGCACCUCCUUCGAUCAGAAUGAAGCCUAGGGCCCUUUACCUUCAAAAAUAAGCAAUAUUGAAGGGUAAAUAGAGGAAGAGCCUAUCUAAUACUUUGAAAGUCUCUAAAAGAAAUCUAUGGAUGAAAGUACCAUUAAUGUUCAACAAUAAAUGCAGGAACAGCAGCAAAACUCAAAAAGAAGAUUUAAGCCAAGAAGCUUUGUCAAAAAGGCAUAUUCAUUUUACAAGUAAUCUAAUCCACUAUUUAAUACUUGGAAAUAUUAUAUGAGGCUUAUGCCAAGAUGGGUCAGGGCUUUCCUAAUUCUCUUAACUAUUGAGUACAACAUUAUAAUGGUCGUGUUGCUCUACAAAGCCGCCAUUGAAAGAUUUGGUUAUGAUGAAGAUAUUAGUGUUUCAAAAUGGUGGACUACCAUGGAAAUCUCCAUUCUGGCAUCCAUUUCAAGUUAUAUAAUAUUAUUUCUUUCAACCAAAUGCCUUUCGAUAAGCGUCGCAUAAAAAAUAAGCUCUGCCAAGGACAGUUUAGAUGUUAUUAAGAAAUUAAAGGACAUUCGCAGAAUUUCAGGAUUUUACUAGAGAGUUUUAUUUUUCCUUAGUUGUAGCAUUUCAAUAGUAGGGCUGUUUAUAACAACAACUUAAACAACCAUUCUAAACGUGCAAAAUGACUACCAGAACUUUAGAAUCCACUUCACCGUCACGACUCUAUUUUCACUGUGGUUCUUGUUAAUAGGAUAUGACAUCGCUUAUUCAAUUAUAUAUACAAGCAUAUAUAAAUUAGCGAAGAACAAUCUUAAAUUAAGGUAGCUGUUUUUGUUUAUUAACAAGCAGAGAGCUUGGAAGGUAAAGAGACCUGUAAAUUUCUGA